AUGCCACAUCGCUGCGUGGCUUUCGGCUGUGGUAAAACUGCUGAAGAUGGCGUGACGUUGUAUAAGUUUCCAAAGGACCAAGAGGAGUUUUCCAAAUGGGAGAGGCAGGUCCAGCGCACCCGUAGGUCUUGGACUGCUUCCUCCAGCUCCCGGCUCUGCAACGAGCACUUUGGCUGGGACUACUUCAUCCCUGGAAGCCAAAAGCUCAGGGUGGGAGCAGUGCCCACGGUGUUUGAUAGUCCAUUCUGUACUUUCUGUUAUGGAGCCGGCUGCGUUCAAUGUCUGCCAUCCACACACUGCCGUACGACAAAGCCCACAUCACCGGAGCCUAUGAGCUUUACCAAAAAGAAGCCAAAGGCCACAGACCGCACGAUGAAAGAAGGAAUAAUAGCGACGUGUGAAAUGUGUGAAAGCAUCGGUGACAUCCAAACCUUUUACUCCAAAACCAAACGCUUCUGCAGCGCGUCCUGCUCCCGCUCCUUUUCCUCCAACUCUAAGAGGUCUUCAAUUUUGGCUCAACUCCAGGGGCGACCUCCCACAAAGAAAAACUUACUUCUGAAGAAGAAGAAGUCGCACCCGCCCCUGCCCCCCUCAGGGUUUGACUGGGGAUAUUACCUAAACCGGGAAACGUCUCUUGGUGCAUCAGUCUCGUGCUUCCAACAUGCUCCGAUGUGGGACCAGUGGGAUGAAGUCGCAGUGGGGACUAAAGUGGAGGUCCUGAAUACGAAUGCUGUCCUGCCCAGUAAAGUCUACUGGAUCGCUACGAUCAUCCAAAUUGCAGGAUACAAAGUUCUUCUGCGGUACGAAGGCUUUGAGCAUGACAGCUCCUAUGACUUUUGGAGUAGUCUUGUCUCUGGAGAACUGCAUCCGAUCGGUUGGUGCGCGAUGACCACCAAGCUCCUGGUGCCCCCUCAAGAUGUCAAAACGAGUAUUAGUGAUUGGAAAGAGUACCUGAUGCAGAAGCUGGUGGGAGCCCACACGAUCCCUGUGGACUUUUACAUAAAGCUGUCGGAGAGCCUGCGGUGCCCCUUCAGGUGUGGCAUGAGAGUGGAGGUGGUGGACCCCAAACACAUCAGCCGCACCCGCGUGGCCAUCGUGCACUCGGUGUUUGGAGGGCGGCUGCAGCUGGUCUACGCCGACCAGAGAGACGCUCCGGAGAACACCAAGGCCGUGUUCUGGUGCCACAUGUCCAGUCCUCUGCUCCACCCCAUCGGCUGGUCCAAGAGUGUGGGCCAUCCCAUUAAACCUCCAGCUAAUAGUAUGGAGGCAAACCCUUUGAAGGGUUUCUCUGACUCUAAUGCAGAACUAUUUAAAAAGCCGAGAUACGUCUAUAUGUACGGGACGUUCUUUGAAAAGGGGAUGAAACUUGAGGCCAUAGAUCCGCUCAAUCUGGGCAGCAUCUGUGUGGCCACCGUGCAGAAGGUGCUGCUGGACGGGUACCUGAUGGUGGGCAUUGACGGCAGCAUCGUGGCAGAUGGAUCAGACUGGUUCUGUUACCACGCCUCGUCUCACGCCAUCCUCCCCAUCGGGUUCUGUGAGAAGAACAACAUCCCCCUCACCGUGCCUCAUGAUUAUGAAUCCAGGACGUUCAGUUGGCCCGAGUAUCUGCGAGAGAAGCGCGCCCAAGCAGCACCUGCACAUCUGUUUAACUAUGAGUACCCCGGCCACAGCUUCUCGCCCCACAUGAAGCUGGAGGCUGCGGACCUGAUGCAGCCGAACCUGGUGUGCGUUGCCAUGGUGAAGCGUUGUGUGGGGAGGCUGCUGCUCAUCCACUUCGACGGCUGGGACCAAGAGUACGACCAGUGGGUGGACUGUCAGUCUCCAGACAUCUACCCCAUCGGCUGGUGCGAGCUGGUCAACGUGCAGCUGCAGCCGCCGCCGGGGCUCGUUGACUUGAUCGAGCAGCUACGAGUCAAAAAGGACAAGCCUCCCUUUGGAACCAGAAAGAAGAGACGUUUUGGAAGGAGAGCGUCUUCUCAGGUGAACUAUGACGACUCUUCACACGAGUCUGGGAGAGAAGAGACCCCCGGACCCUCGGAGUCCGACUCCCCCCUGAAAGCACCCGCCAUCCUGCCCAAAGUGGAGCCAGAAGACCAGCCCCAAAUCGGUGCCGUCCACGUCAAAGUGGAGGAGGUGGAGAUGGAGACCCCCAUAGACCCCACACAGGUCUCUUUGAGUAAGGUCAAAAUCGAAAACCCAGGGAUCAGCGUCACCAGCACCACCGUGUCCGGGGGGAACCUGGAGCUGUCUGGGGCCGGAGCCGAGGACUAUGACGAGGGAGAGCCCAUGGAGGGGGAGCCCAUGGGCUUUGAGUCGUACGACAGCCACAACAGUGAUGAAGAGGAGCAGAGUGACGGACACACCAGCUCCAGCGAGGAUCUCUGA